AUGCCGCAUUUGCCCUGGCCCAGUGUGGGUGACAGAUUGUGCGUGGAGGGCCAAUUCUGCACUAUUCGCUUCGUGGGGGAGAUUCCGCAGUGGAAGAGUGAAAAGGCAUACGGUCUAGAAUGGGACAACAUCACUCGAGGAAAACAUUCAGGUGUGGUGGGCGGCGUUAGGUAUUUUGAGACCAAGUUCAGAACGUCGGGGUCCAUUGUCAAAGAGUCUAAGGUAAUUGAGGCCAUCCAUAGAAGAUGCACAUUUAUCGACUCUUUAUCCAACGUGUACCUCAGCAAGGCAGGAAAGCAUAGGGACGUAUAUUUCGGGUCAAAAAGAGUGGAGAUGACAGGAUUGGAUGUUUUAGAUCUAAGAAAUGGAGAUGUCUCCAGUUUGAAAUGUAUCAAUCUCUCCUACAGAAAUAUUGCAGCAAUGGGUGACCUUUCAAAGUUGAGACUGUUAGCGCCUACGCUCAAAUCUUUAAAGCAACUGAAUCUAUCUCACAAUUUACUUACUGAUAUCAGUCAGGUAAUAUCACUAAUUGGGGGCAUAAAAAGCCUCCGAAGCUUAGAUAUCAGCGGCAACAAGUUCACUGAAUUUAAAAUUGGAGAAGGAGAUCGGGUAUGGUCUGUAACGGAGUUGUCGGCCAAUUGUUGUGAGCUAUCGGCGGAAAAUAUCGAAAAACUUUGCUACGUUUUUCCUGCGCUGCAAACACUACAACUUGAUGGAAACGGACGUAGUGCUUCUAUCGUUUUAUCUCAGAAUCUUCUUCCAGAUUUGUCGGAGCUAAGUCUGGCAAACAACUAUUUGGAGGAAUUCCCUCAGCACUGUGAGAAAUCUGCUGUUACCUCGUUGAACUUAUCUUACAAUCCGAUUUCAAGAAUCUCACUAAAACGGGCUACCAAAAUUAGAACACUUGCGAUGUCAAACUGUGAAUUGAAUACGUGGAGCUCAAUUGACGCUAUUUGCAUCACAUUUCCUGAAUUGACAAAUCUUAAAAUUAAUGACAAUCCUAUUAACACAAAGGGGAGUUCUGACGAUGCGUACUUACAAACAAUUGGGCGCAUAAGAAAACUCCUUUACCUAGACGGCACUUUCAUUGCGGAAAAGGAAAAACAAGAUGCAGAAAUUUAUCUAAUGACUCUUGUUUCGAAGAGUCAGGCCCCAAUCAAUGAACUAGGAGAGCAAUGGCGGUACCUCACAAACAAGCAUGGCAAAAUCAGCAGAAAGCCUUCUAGUAAUAUAAUGGGCUCCGGCUUGGCUACUCUGAAUCUUAGCAUAUAUUUUGAGGGUAGAAAAAUACGGGAAAUUGAAGUUCUUCCAUGUUAUUCGGUAAGAUAUCUUAAGAGCAUCAUUUCGAAAUUGGUGACACUAUCGAUUUUUGAUUUCGAACUGAGUCGCAUAUCUUCAGAUGGUGUAGAACAUGAAUUCAAUUUUGAAUUCUCCCCGAUAAGCACAUUCAGUGUAAAAAAUAACGACGUAAUAAGCGUGCUACGGACAGGCCGCUGA